GCGCGCUUCAAACCCGGAUGGAUGACUUCACCGUUCUGCCUGGGUUUCCUUUAUGAUCCCGGGAUCUCCCACUUCCCUCACCAGAAAUCAGCCAGCAACACAGGCGAACACAGCUCUCUCUCUCACCCUCACACACGCGUCGUCUCUCCCUGCAGCUGCACCGCAUCCAGAGACCACAGAGAGACCACAACAACAGCCGGACCUCAGACGCUGGCCCCUGGAUCCGCAUCGAGUCACACUCGGAAGGGAUCCCAAGCAGGACAGACACCCAACAGCUGCAGUUUGCACCAAAAAAAGGGGAUCUACGGCUAAACUGCAAAUAACCACUGAGGCAGACUUUUAUCUACUUUUUAAUCUACAGCGGUGAUCCUUCUCCGUCGUGCCACAAUGUCCGAGGUGCUGCCAUACAACGAGGGGAAAAUGAACGGCUACGGAGCGGACAGCGAGGUCAGCCAGAUGUCCUUUAGCUGCGGACUGCAGGACACAAGCGCCUUUUUCGCCGCAUCGCAGGCAAAAAGACCCCCAAAGCUUGGACAGAUUGGCAGAGCCAAGCGAGUGGUCAUCGAGGACGACCGAAUAGACGAGGUCCUGAAGGGGAUGACAGACAAGUCUUCACCCGGCGUUUAAAAACGCGAACGAUGCCUUGCAGACUUUUUUAAUUUUGAUCACCGAUUUGAAGCACUUGGCGGCUGUGCAUGUUCGAGGAUUGCGGGAGAAAAACGACGGCACGAAACGAGGACGGGAUGACGAAAAGGAAAACGGGGGGAAAAAAAAGGCAAAGGAGGGAAAAUGGAGAAGGCUAAAAGGAAGAGAGAUGAGGAAGAAAGAAAUGAUAAAGAAAGAGAGAGAGAGAGUGAGUGAGUGAGAGAGAGAGAGAGAGAGAGAGACUCUGGAAAAGACCAAGAUUUAUCAUGGGAUUUGCUGGCAAUUCUCCAAACGAAUCCCGAUUUUAACUACUGCUGGGCAGCAAGAUGUUGAGAUGGCGGACCCCGCUCUGUAUCUCAACCUCUGCUGACUUUAAUGAUGGAUGAACUUGUCAUUACUUCACGACCAUCUCUUGUUCCUUUCUAAAAGCGCUGUAAGCAACAAAAUACUGCAACUGGAGGCUGAAGCUAAAUCCCAGCCCUGUUUCAAUAAGUUGUACAGUAGUUAGACUAAGCUCUCACACACCCCCACCUCACCCCGUCCCCCCUCCUCCUCCUCCUCCUCCUCUUCCUUUAGGCUUUGCUUUGUUGAUUCAGUCAGCGACGGUGCAUUUAAAGGAGCUGUCCUUUCAGCACUGGUCCAAUGCAUUCCUGUUGCUGCUAAACGCUUUUUAACAACAGACCAAUCAAACUCUCCAGUCUACUAAAUAGUGGAGAAUAUCAAACAAAAGAUCCGCAAUUGGCAGUUAAAGCUCCAAGAAAUCUUAUUUGUGCAACGUUUGCGAUCGCUCACAGAUCUUUGUCAGGCAUUUUGACUAGUGUUUAGCCUGCAGAUCUUUUGUUUGAGCACGUGCAAAAGUUAUUUUUCUUUUUUUCUUUUCUUCUUCUUCUGUUUUGGAUGUGCGUGCCCUACAGUCUGUUUAAAUAGAGGAGACCCAUUGUAUGUAAAAACAUAUAUCCGAGGAUGGUGCAAUGUUAAUAUUUUCUGUAGUGGAACCCUGGAACCCUCAUUUGUUCUUUUGGCCCUUAAAGAGCAUUAGGCCACAGUUUAAAAGUGAACCACAGUCUGCUUCUUCUUCUUGCAUCGUUCAACAGUGGUUUAAGGUGCAGGUUGGCACCUUCAUGUAGCUGAUUUUUACACCGGCACAUAUCUUUAUUUCUCCCCACCCCACAGUCUUUUGUUUUUGUAUUUUCAAAUGCUCACAGAGGCCAGCAGAGAUGUGGAGAUUAUAGUAAAUAUUGAAAAUAACAAUCAUGAAAAUGAUGGGAAAAAAAUAAUUUGGUUCUUUUAAUCAAGCAAUUAUUCGUGUUUUGUCUUCUAUAAAAUCUUGAAGUUAUUUUCUCCAUCUAUCUGCAUGAACUUUCACUCCGGUGCCAACACAGGUGCCACUACUCUUACCCUGGCACGCUUCUUUUUAACAAAAGUCAUAUUUGUAUUUUUAUAUCUAAAUAUUUGUUAUUUAAAUGAUAUGCUAGUCUAUCGUCUUACAAUUCAUCAACAAAAAUAUUUCUACUUCAGAGAGGAUAUACAGAAUGAGACUAGGCUUCAUACAGUAGAGGCGAAUCUGGGAUUUUUGGUGGACUGGUCUCGUUCUAUAUCGGAGGAUGGACGUUUUUUAAAGACUAACUGAAUGUGUCUGGGGUUUUUGCACACAUCAAUGUUAAAUUAUUAUUAAGAAAUCGUAUACUGUGACUUGAGCUUCGUUGAUGAAUUUGUUAGAAAAUGGCAGUUUUAGAGUAUAUUGCACUGUUUACGAGUAUCCUCAAAUAACACGUUGUUAUUUGACUGAUUUUGGACAUUACACUUUUUGUUUUUUUUUUAUUUUGUUUAUUUUGUACCAUUAUUUUAAAGAAACUGGAUAUGGUUUGUUGUGCAUGAAACCUUAAUAUUUUCAAUAAUGAAACAUCGUUUUAUGAAGCAAAAAAGCAACAAAAAUGUCAUGACAUUCUAAGAAUGAGUCAUUGUAUAUUAUGAUGCCAUUUUCACUGUAUUUGGUGAAUUAAUAAAUGGUGAAAGAAAA